CUGCAUCAAAAACUUGGAUUUACAUAUUGAGCUGUUUUUCAACACAAGAUUGUUCAUACAGUGUUGAAAAUUUAGAUCUAGACCUAUUGAAUCUGUUCUGAAAACCCUAGAAUUGCUAAGUGUGCUUAAGUGUGACUCCUAAAACCCUACUCUCUUGUCAUAUCAACCAUGACUAGUCCUACACUUCAUCCCUUACCUCCAAACACUGCCCAUACCACUAUGUACCUCCCGAAUGUUCUCCUGGAUGAAUCAAACUAUCCUGCUUGGCUCUUUCGAAUGGAAUCCUUCCUCAGAGGUCAAAACCUAUUUGGUUUUGGUGAUGGCUCCACUCCUUGCCCAUCAUAGUUUGUCAGGUCUUCUGAUGGCUCUACUAGUGUGCCUUCUGUUGAAUAUAUUGCGUGGAAAACACAGGACCAGAGUAUAGUGAACAUUAUAGGUCAAACUUUGAGUGCUGUGGCCAUGACCUGUGCUGUUGGGAGCAAGUUUGCUCAGGAACUAUGGUCUCGACUUAAACUAAAAUUUGCUGCACCUGAUAGACAACAUAUUCUUCAGCUCAAUUCCAAUCUCCAAAACCUGAAAAAGGGCAAUGAUGAUAUAGAAACUUAUCUGGAUAAAAUUAAAGCAGCUAAAGAUGCACUUGAAACUGUUGGAGUUGUAGUUGAUGAUGAGGAUAUAGUGGUGACUGUUCUCAGGGGUCUUCCUUCUGAAUUUGCAGCCAUUAAGACAGUUAUUAGAACUCAAUCUAGUUGUUCACUUAGUCAGCUCAAGACUCUGCUUAAGGCUGCUGAAGUGGAUAUUGAUAGUGAAUCUCAAGGCUUACAAGGUCUACUUACUGCUAUGCUUGCCAAGGGCAAUCUCAACUUGUCUGCUCUUACUCAUCUUGAUUCAGUCACCUCUCACACGUCUCAAAGCUCUUCUGGUUCAGUUCCUGCAUCACCUCAAUCCAUUUUAUCAUCUUCAUCCUCAUCUGUAACUCCAGUUGCUUCAUCUACUUCUAUUGUGGCUUCACCUCAAGUAUACACACAAGCUGUGCAUUAUGCCACUUCCCAUCAGGCUUCACCAGUUCAAGCUUAUUCACAAUCGCACAUGGCCUCUCCUGUGCCAGCUCCACUUGUGCCAUCUGGCUUCUCUACACCUACUCAGGGUCUUCCUACAUAUCCAAUGUCCACUCAAAGUCCUUAUAUACAUAUCUCAGCUACUCCAUAUGGAUUCACCACUCCUGUGAUCCUUAAUCCCAUGGCUGGACUAUAUGCUGGUCGAGGUUGUGGUAGAGCUGGUAGCUCUAAUGCAGGUAGAGGUAACUCUUAUGUUGGUAGAGGCUCUUUUAAUCCAGGUGGUGCAUUUAGGAACAAUUUCACUGCCAACAAUACUGGAACUGGUGGUACUUCUCUUACUUGCCAACUCUGUAAUAAAGUGGGACAUGGUGCUAAAACAUGCAGAUCACUUCUCAACUUUCAACAAGGCAAUUCUUCAGCUCAAACUGGUUAUCAGUACUAUGGUAGGACUAGUCACACUACUGACAGGUGCUACUUUAUCAUUGGCUUUCCUGGCCAACAAAAUGAUGCUGAACCUGAUGUUCCUACUGCAAUGAUGGCUGCCUCUUCUCUUGCACCUCAAUUCUGGUUGGCUAACACAGGUGCCACCAACCAUAUGACCAACAAUCCUCAUGUCCUUCACAAUGUCACUCCCUACCUCAACACUGAUUCUGUGUAGAUUGGUGAUGGACAAGGUACAGGGCAAAAUUCUUUAUCAGGGACUGAGUAAGCAUGGCCUCUAUCCAAUACCAUUUGAUCUGCCUCUCUUCAAUAAGUGUGCUACUGCAUCUUUAUCAUCAUCUCAAGUCAACAGCUCAGAUAUCUCUUCUUAUAUUUAUGCUUGUUUGGGACAAUUAGUGCAAUCCUCACUAUGGCACCAAAGAUUUGGUCAUCCAUCCAAUGAUGUAGUCAACCUCGUGCUCAAGAAAUCCAAGAUAGCUCAGAAUAAAGAUAGUGAGAGUUUCAUUUGUGAACCUUGCUUGUUAGGAAAGUUUCACAAACUGCCUUUCUCUUCUUCACAAACAAGAAGUAGUACUCCUUUUGAGCUUGUGCACUCUGAUGUAUGGGGACCUGCUCCUCACCUAUCCUUAGAUGGAUAUAGAUACUUUGUCUUGUUCAUUGAUGAUUGUACGAGGUUCACUUGGAUGUAUCCUAUGAAAAAUAAAAAUGAAGUGUUUAGUUACUUCAA